AUGGCGGGGACGCGACUAAUCAUCCAGGUGUCUUUUUUGAUUCCGUACGUAGCGCUGCUGGCGGCGGCGGUAUAUUGGGGACUCUUCGAUGACCUGUUGCUGGUGCCACUGGUGCGGCAAGAUGGGAGACCCGUGCUGUCUCGCGCAUCCCUUCCACCCGCAACACUCGCACGUCUUCCACCCGUGCGGUUGGCAACCAUCGAAACGCAAACCUUCUUUUGGGAACAAAUUGUGAAGCAAAGAUUGCCGUGGCAGUCCGUGCCGCCCGCAACGCGCCUCUGGGAAGUCUUGGAAUCGCCGCACGCGUUACAUCUGUCCUUGUGCCAGGAUCCUUGGAGCGUGUUAGAUAUGGAACCGUACGAAUCGUUCGCUGAUGUGUGGAUUUGUGAAAGUCCACCACCCCAGCGCCACGAUCAUCCGCGAAUCGUUGUACGUCGCCGUACCCUAAUAUUCUAUCCGACCAAUUUGCAACACCGCGAGCGCGAAUGGGCACUGAUUUUGCCCGCCAUCGAGACGUCGCAGCAAAAGCUAGAGAAGGAGCUGCAUUUGACGGUAUGGGUGGAUCCAUACCACACUUCAGCAGUUGAGGUGGUGGAGCGGAUCGAACAGUGGAGAAGCCAACAAGGAUGGUCCGACUGGCCUUGCUUAACUUCCACCAUUACCGAUGUGCGGGUUGUCAAGAACGGGAGAAAGACCAAAAUGCUGAACGUCGACCAAAUCUUCCAAGUUUUGGCGAAUGACUUCGAUUCUCGGAAACGUCGUUCAAGUGAACAUUUGUACUUGUGGUUCUACGCCACGACCAAUCAGGAAAACACAACCUUGGCCGUGGUGGACGAAGCAGUUUCGAACCUUUUCUUGACGACGCUCGCCAAUACGACCACUUACAACGAAAAGGUGUCUUUUGUUUCUAUGCAUCACAGGAUCAAUGACUGGCUGGGAUCAUCCUGUCUGGGCAUGCCGAUGAUGGAUAGCAGCGGCAUCGAUUGGGAAGCGGACGAGUCUUCCAAUGUCCCCAACCUCUAUACCACACUCUGGUUCCACGCUCUGUUGCCAACAAAGUAUGCGGAAAUAUUUUCAAAUAUGCAAGCGACUAAGCAGAAGCUGCUAGAAACACCGCGGACGGUUCGACUAACAUCACAUGGCAUUGCAGAGGAUUGGAACGGCAUAAGUCGGACCCUACAGAAAGCCAACCAAGCUGCGGAAAAUGGCCACUUUGCACGCGUACUGAGUCAUUUGAACGAGGCGGAUUUGCGGUGGCGCAAUCUACAGAGGGAUCCGGCGUGGUUGGAGCCGUUGGAUUUUCCGUGGGAUCAGUACGCGGCUAUCUUCGCGCCCCUUCUUUUGCCGACAAUGCUACCCGCUAUUUUGGGACUCGGAAGGGAAUAUAAACGCUAUCGUCGACUGUGUAGUGCCAAAAUAUAA